AUGCCAAAUCCUACAGAGCAACUUGAAAAAUGGAAUGCUGCCUUUGAUCUGCUACUGUUUCAGCAGCUCAAAGAUGACGUCGAUGACACAUUGGUUCAGAAGCUUGUCAGCGUCCUUAAUGCGAACGUGCAAGGCGACGCAGAAUUCGGCACUGUGCUGUGGAGAGGCUGCGGUGUCUUGUCCAAGCUGGAGAAGUCGGUUGCAGUGCCUAGAACAUCCGAGUCCCUCUGCUUCACACUUCAGCUCAUUGCCGUCUUUGGAAAGCUUGAACCGAUGUUUGCAUCGCUUCACAAUGACAGUCGUGUGCUGAAGGCCUUGAAUAGACUGGGGGAAAGCACCAAUGCCAGUGAGCAGGCAUCGUACCUGGAUGUCGUGACGUCAUUCCUCAGUCACCAAUCUGGGCGGGCCUGGUGCAUCGAACAUGGUGUCUCUUUGAAGGUGUUCCAGUGUCUUCAGCAUCCUAGCAUCUUUGUCCAGGGCAAGGCUGAGGCGUUUUUUGUUGCGCUCCUUAUGUCAGACCUCAGUGGAGGUGGCUGUGGGGAGGUUGCAGCAUUUGUAAACAAGAUCUUGACAGAAGAGCUACCACAGAGACAGCGUAGAAAGUGCUUGCAUGUGGUUCGUUCCUUACUUGAAAAGGACCCGCAACUUAGCAAAAAGCUUUGCUCCGAGUUUGAUGUCCACCGGCAUCUUCUUCGCUGCUGUGUUGCCUGGAUGUCGACCUCUGAAGCAGCCAGCGCAGCUGCAGAUGUCCUCGCCAAGCUCACAUCUGCAAUGCAGGAUGACAGCUUCUUAAAAGAAGCAAUGGAUUUGCUGAGUAGAGACAAGCUUGUCAGCAUCAAGUUUGCAGCUAGCUUUGUUCAAGAAAGUGCCAGUAUUCAGCCAUGCAUCAGCAAGGAAACUGAACAAAAGAUUGCGGAAAUCCUGAUGGGUCCAAUAGCCACAAAGGAGUCGGAGGUUGGAGACAAGUCGAAAGUGAGGGCGCUGCAGUCGACAGCAGUUUGCGAGUUGAAGAGAGCGCUGCCAUACUUUGCCCACUCGGUCACUCAUGAAAUGGUGGUCGACAAGAUAGUGCAGUUCUUGCUGCAUUCCCCGGCUGCCAAGGUGACACGGCUGCUUUCGGUUGCCCUCGAGUGCUUGGCGUUUGCUGUCAAAAAAGUUGAUCUUGUGCAAGCAGAUCCUUCAAGGUUGAGAAGUUAUCUGGACAACUUGGCACCAUUCCUUCGAGAUCUAAAUUUGUCAGCCCAUGCACUGAAGCAAGCCCUUGCGAUAUCCCUGACGCUGGCGUGCGUCAUGUUUUCGAGUGCGGGCCAGGAUUUCGACUGGAGGGCGUGUGCCGCCCUCUGCUCUUUUGGCGAAUCCCUGCAACGUCAGCUCGUAUCGACAGAACCGCAGUUUGUGGAAGCUGCGCUGGACUCCUUCAGUGGCAUCGCGGAUGAUGUUGAAAGGUUGAAUCUGGGAGAGGGCACUUCCGGAUUGUCCUGUCUUGUGAAUUGGCUCCAGCAUUAUGGAUUGGCCAGGUUUGUGUGGGACAACUUACGAAACGGCGACGGCGGAGUACGGGCGUCUGCAGUGGCUGCGAUUGGAAAGCUGUUCUCCCAAGAAUGGUUGUGGACUCACUUUUGCAGCCGUUUGUCGCUCACAGAGGCAGAUGUCGUAAAAGAUGUUUCAUCAAUGGCCCUGGACGACGCAGACGUGUUUGCCCGGAGGUCGGCAGCGUCCACUCUUCGCAGCUGGCUCGAUCGAGACUACCUCGGAGUAUGCUCCAGACACCGAAGUGCUUUGCAGCGCUGUGCUUCCAGCAUGCUCAGCUUGGACUUGGACUGUGAAGUCCAGCUAGGUGGCCUCUCAAUCUGGAAGACUUUACUGGGACAGACUCUCAACACGUCGAGUGUGGUCUCUGAGUCCACUGUGAAGGAACUGCUCAAGGAAGCUGACACUGCAGGCUUUGGUGCAUCCAUGAAGAAAGCGAUCGCUUCCGAUGCGGACCAGCAAGUCCGCAGAGAUGCGCAGGCUUUUAUGCAUCAGCUGUUGGCACUGCUUCAUGGCCAGUGUUCAUUUUCUGGCGAAACUCUCGAGAUGGGAAGUGAACAGGAUGGAGUGGAUGCCUCGAACGAUGAAGACAAACCAGUCAACCGCACUGGAGCCGAGUCAUCUAUGGUCAGCGGUGACGCACUUUCCAAUGCGGAUCGUUCGGCAGCCAUGGAGGAAGUACUGGACCUGGGUGUGUCAGAGUGCCUCCAACGAAAGUUGAAGCUCCCCGAGAAUAUCCACACGCCGGCCACAUCACUUGCCACGAACUCUUUACAGCUGGAGCUGGUACACACAACGGACCUCCUUGCAAAACUUUCACCACUGGGAACUUUCGGAAAGUCUGAUGCUGAACAUGUCUCACUGGACUUUCAAAGCUGUGACUCUAUUCUAGAAGAUAUCUUGGCUGCCGCCGCAUCUGAACAUUGCGACAGAGACUGCUACUGA